AUGGUGAUCUGGGUGCAGUUCCCCGGCCUACCGGUGCACUUCUACCACAAAGAACUCCUUUUCACUAUGGGUAACCUCUUAGGCAGAUCCAUCAAGCUUGACUACCACACACAACAUCAACAACGGGCAAAGUUUGCAAGGAUGGCUGUUGAGGUUGAUCUAUCAAAACCGCUAGUACCGAGGAUCAGGUUAGACGGUCGGUGGCAGAAAGUUGAGUAUGAAAAUCUCCCUCUUGUUUGCUUUGAGUGUGGGAAAGUGGGACAUAUGAACGUAUCUUGCCCUUCCACUGAGCGAGGCACGAAUGGUGAAACGGGCAGAGGUUCUCGGGCGUCGGCGGUGAUUGUGGCCGACGAAGUUUCGCCGGAUGCCAACGCCGGGUUUGGACCGUGGAUGAUCGUCUCGCGUAAAUCACGGCGAAAACAGAGGGAUACGGUCAUAGUAGGUAAGUCGGAGCAGUCUGUGUCGAUCGCCAACGGGACGAAAAAAGACGACGAAAGGAAAGAGGGCGAGAUUACGGGAACAAUGUCAUCACAAAAAACAGGGAUCUCACAGCACAAACAUCGGCAACAAACAGGGGAGAUGAAGUCGGCGAAACAGAGGGGAAGGGAAAAGGAGUCUCGAAAGGUAAAGGGAAAGCGAAGGAACAGAUAG